AAGCGCUGGCAGUGGCAUUGAUGUGAUAAAUGCGACAGUUUGAAAGCAAUGCAGGUGAGAACUAGUUAGUAUGGAUGUUAACACAGCGUCAGUGGCUCUCAGUGGUCAAAAGUAGAAGACUGUAUGCCGCCAGAAAGGAUUUUUUUUUAUUAUCAAACUUUAAAGGCGGGCAUAACAAUCUCAGCGGCAUUGAUGGAGGUGUCGGUGUGUAGUAUAAAAGGAAGUCUUAAUGACCGGGCUUCCAUGGUCUCCGGGGGGUUUACUCUACUCAGGGGGGCGGUGCACUUCUCCAGACCCCUCCCGCCCCCAAAAGCCGCUCCACAAACAGUGACCAGCAGACAGACUGGCAGUCGGGAUCUUCUCCCACAUCCAGCGGUCACCGCUGCGCCCCAUGCCCGCGGCCUCUCCGGGAUAGAGCGCCACCAAACGAGCGUCCGUGCGUUCAGCGAAGCGGUCAGCAGGCUGGAAGUCCGCGGCGUCCGGCCGAACAUGCUGGAAAACGGGAGGAAGGUGUACAAGGAGGGUCUGCUGGAGAAGCGGAGCGACGGGCUGCUGCAGCUCUGGAAGAAGAAGCAUUGCGUCCUGACCGAGGACGGCGUGCUGCUGCUGCCGCCCAAGCAGCAUGAUCACCCGCAGCAGCAGCAGCAGCACGGUGGCGGCGGGGACGCGGGCAAAGUCAAGGAGCUCCACUUCGCCAACAUGAAGACGGUGGACUGCGUGGAGCGGAAGGGCAAGUACGUGUACUUCACCGUGGUCAUGACGGAGGGGAAGGAGAUCGACUUCAGGUGUCCGCAGGACGAGGGCUGGAACGCGGAGAUCACCUUGCAGAUGGUGCAGUACAAGAACCGGCAGGCGAUCCUGGCGGUCAAGUCCACCCGGCAGAAGCAGCAGCUGCUCGUCGUGCAGAUGCCCGGACAGAAGACCGUCCGGAGCUCCCCGAGCGUGGCGUGACCCGCGGCGAGGCUACAGCGGUGAAUUUGACACUCAGCCGAGAAAGAAUAUGUACCCAGGCUUCAUCUCCCCCUGCUGCUGCUUCACCAAGCACCAUCCUCCAGGAGAACCCCCCCCCCCCCACCUCGUUUCAUGUUGAGGUCUCCACACACCAGCCCCCACCCUUCGAUACAGAGACUUACUUCACAAAAGACUGAUGGACUAAAAGCAUGUGAGAGAACAUCUGUAUUCUACCGUGCAAUGGGUUUGUCCCUUAUUUAUUAGAUGUGUACAUAUAUUUUUUUAUAAAAAUGUUCUGUCUUUGAAUGUCAAGUGUGGGAGUUGCUGGAGUUGAACACAAAGCGUUCGAUCGACGUAGGAACGCCUCACAAACUGGAACCUGAGGGGAACGUUUUGUGAUGUUCCCUAAAGGUUGCAAAGCCUGAAACCUUCAAGAGAUCUCGAUGAGGGAAGGCCCACCUAAUGCCACGGUGGUUCUUCUCGUAGCUUUUAGGGAGGAUUCUGCUGUUUCCUGGGACGUUGCCCACCUUGGAAUGGUUUCUGUAGGUUAGUCGAACCAGCUUCUAAUGUGAAUAAAACGUGUCUAUACUCCUGGUUUUUACAUCUAACAGAGCCAAAGACUCAUUUGAUACAUUUCUGUUAUUGUGCAGUGUUUCUCCCCACUACACUAAACAUGUAUAGAUGGAGAAUAUGAUCCUGCUCUACAUAUGAACAAUUGGUUUUCUAUGCUUGAUUACAACAGUGUAUCCUAGUGUUUCCAUUGUGUGCUUCAGUUGUUUUCCUCAGUUUUAUUUUGCUACAUUUGUAAAUUGAAGGGAAAUCUGUUGCUAUGGUCUUAAGUGUAGGGUACUCUGGCUUAUUAACCAUAUACAACAGUGUUAAACUGACCAUUUGAAAAAUUGAGCUGCUUCAGAGACAGUUUCAGUGCUUGGAUUACGUCUUAGCUGAAACUUAACAUUGUAUUACACAUAGUUAGACAUCUAUCUAAAAGAGCCAAACUAGAAUUGUCACAAUCUAUAAAAUUGGUGCUAUGUCAUGAGGUUUGUUCUUCUGAAUAAGAAAUUCUGUCAAAGCUUAUUUUCUGGGCAAAAGGAGCUAGUAAGUUAACUACUAAGCAAGCCUUUAUGAAUGCAGAAGAAGAAAUUCCUGCUGGAAAUUCCUGCACAAAUAAUAAAUCAGAUUUCUAAUUUGUUAAAUCAAAAGCGUCUAAGCAACUCCUUGUUCAAAAUCCAAUAUGGCUGCCCCAUAAAGUUGUGGGGCCGAACUGCUUAGUAGCACUUCUGACAUGAAGUAUCCUGUAGAGUUUAAACACAUAUCCGGACCAGAAAACCAGUGUGAUAUGCAUGUAUUGCAAAUAGUAGUUAACAAAAGAGUUUGUAUUAAAUCAAACUGGUUUUGUAACUUGGAAUUAAAACAAAGUCAAUGGAAAUUCACCCCUUAGUCAUUUUGCAGCUUUGUAGUUUUGGUUUGCCCAUGCAACAUUUUUAGGUACAAAAUGGUCCAUUCCACCCACCUACAUUGACAACCGAUGGUUCGAAGUAUUUUUCAUAUUUAAUUAUUCCCAAAUAUAGAAAAGGUUUUGUGAUUCUAGUACAUAUCAGGGGUCAUAACCCUGUUUCUUUUUAAAUAAUUUGACCCAAACAUGGCUCAGAACUAGAAUAAAUGGAAAUUGGGUUUAAGUUUCAGAAAAUGGUGUAACACUAUAUUGUACAGAGAGAGAUUUUCUUAGCUAUCUCUAAAAUGAUUGAGUUAGCAAAAAAUGGAUGCCCAAUUGAUCAAGUACGUGGGCAAAAGGGUUUAUAGUUAGAAAAUGGAAGUAUGAAACAACAAAACGGUGCCAUUAGUGCAACUGAAGCUUUUUUUCCCCCGAGACAGAACGUAGCAAUUUUGCAAGCUAAGCUGGCUUGCUAGCUGUUUGCUGUUGUUUACAACAGCUUUACCAGAACAGUAUAAUUAGGAUGUCUUCCAUUUGUGUUUACCCAUUGGAAUUUUAGAAGCAUCUAAGUGAGAAAACUAAGUGGAAAAGUCCUCUAAAGUCAGAGUUCAAAACUUGGACGGACAAAUGUUCCUCAACACGCUGAUCUCAGAAUCCAAAAUUACUUGUAUAUCAUAAAACAUGUCUUUUACAAAGUAUUUUUGCACAAAUCUUUUAUUGACAGGGUUGCUACAGCAUAUACGGGCAUAAAUAAUUCUCAGCCAAAAGCUAUUAGCUUGUAUUGCUAAUAUUUGCCUUACAACUGGAUUUUUUUUUUAGCCUUGUAUUAGUCUAGACACUCAGCACAGCUAUCGGUUAAUAUUUCUGAGCUAAACUGAAUUAAUACUGCCUUGCAAACUGUUGGGUGCAAAAUCUUCACAUUAACAUGUAAACUAAUUAUUGUCCAUUACUGAUAACUAGACCCAGAUGGGUUUUGUAUGACUCAAGUAACAAAAUAGCAUGUAAGAAGAAUUUACAUUGUAGUAAUUGCAUAUGGAAGGAAACAAAUAUGUACUCUAGUCACUGGUGCAGCUCAGUUUUUUAACAUCUGGUAAAAAUCACUGAUUCACUUGAUUUAUUUGACGGCAUCAAGGAGUUUUGAUGACAAAGUAACCAUAAUCAAUAAUCGGCUACAUCUAAAAUUGUUGGUACAGAGUAGCAUUUAGUGACGCAUGUCAGGCAGUAGCCCCAGAAAUGUCUCAUGUUGCACCAGGAUAUGCUUUAUCUCACGGUGGCUCAUGAUGUUUCCUUUUUCCGGGGAGGGUCUCCCACCGCUUGCCAGUGUAUCACAGUUGAUCCAACACAUGCCUCUGUGUUGCUGUCAUCUCCCACACAGGGCCUUAGCUGUGCCCUUUAUCUGCCAUGGCCGGCGUGAUGCUUCUCCAACAUGCCUUCCAGUUUCCAUCAUUCCGCACCGUUCGGAACCACUGUCCAAUUUCUUAUUUCCACAGAGUUUUAUUUUCAUACCUCAAAAAGAUACAUUCCAUUAAAAAACAAGCAAAAGCAAAAAC